AUGGCGCCGCUGUGUGGGCCGAGCCGGUGCGGGGCGCUGCUGGCGCUGCUGGCAUCCCUGCUCCUGUCCGGGGCCGAGGCCGCCGACGAGGAACGGAUCAUUCACGGCUUUUGUCAUGUUCCCAAGGUGGUGGGAAAGUGCCGAGCCUCCUUCCCAAGGUGGUGGUACAACGUCACGGCUGGAUCCUGCCAGCAGUUCCUGUAUGGAGGCUGUGAGGGAAACAAUAACAACUACCUGACUGAAGAGCAGUGUCUUGAGAAAUGUGCUGGCGUCUCAGAAAAGAGUGACGUCAACGUGCUAGGCAACAGCAAGAAUGGUGCUGAGUCCUCCGUCCCUAGUGUUCCCGGAAAGCAGAAUUCUGAUGACCUCAUUGGCAAUGUCUUCAGCUAUGAAGAAUACUGCACCGCCAAAGCUGUCACCGGGCCUUGCCGUGCAGCCUUCCCACGCUGGUACUUUGACACGGAGAAGAACUCCUGUAACUCUUUCAUCUAUGGCGGGUGCCGGGGCAAUAAGAACAGCUACCACACCAGGGAGGAGUGCAUGCAGCGCUGCUUCGGCAAAGAGUCAUACCCAGUCCUGCCCUACAACUCUAAAGUGAUGGUCCUAGCGGGGCUCUUCAUGAUGAUCCUGAUCCUUUGCCUGGGAGCUUCUGUGAUCUGUCUUGUGCGGGUGGCCCGCAAGACCCAGGAGUACGCUCUCCACACCGUCUGGACCUCCGAAGAUGACAAAGAACAUCUGGUGAAGAACACAUACACCCUGUGA